AUGCCGUGGGUCAAAUACAAGCUGGCUGCCAUGAAACUGUUGAGGACGACAACUUUGGAGUGGUCUUCUUUCACCGUCGGCUACUUCCUUGAUUAUUACGGGAUGCCGCAUGUCAAAACCCACUUACCCCCAUUUUUGGUGGCCGUUGAUGUUGCCAACAAAAUUGCCAGAAUUCCAGGCACAGGAAACGAUGUCAUCACAUUCACCUACACGUACGACGUAGCCAACGUUGUGGCAAUGAUGUUGAAUGCGGACAAGUGGCAGGAGGAGACAAUUGUCGUGGGGGACAAGGCCACCUGGAACGAAUUUCUCCAGCUUGCCGAGAAUGUUCGAGGCUGCAAAUUUGAUGUCGGUUAUGAUUCUGUGGAAAUGCUUCAGGCUUCGCACAUCACAGAACUGCCGUCCCACGUUUCGUCGUACAAUCUUUACCCUCGAACCCUCAUGCAACAUCUGAUGGCCGGACUAGAGCGGGCAAUGGUGGCUGGGAUGCUGGAUCUUCCCGAAGAGCGAGCUUUUACUUCCGGCGUUUCAGACAUUGAGAUGGUCAAGAUCAGAGAUAUGUUGCAGAAAAGCUGGGGAUCGGACCAGUCUUUGAAUUCUUCUGGAGAUUCUGCGCAGAGCGGGAGCGAGGUACUGAGGCUAACGGACUGA